AUGUUUUCAUUAGGAAAGUGAGCUCAACCAAGUCAGGGAGGGAAGGAUUAGAAAGCAAAGGACCGAACACGGGGCAGAGAGGGAGAAGGGAAGAGCUUUAUGGAAGCAGAAAUCUUUGGAUUUUUAUCCUAAUUUUAAGUUAAAGGAGAUUUCGGGGCUCUCACUUCUUUGUUUCUUUUCUCUCACACUCCUCACUCUUUGCCACCAGCUGCCCGCCAGGUUUCUGUCUUCAUCAUGAGCUGCCCCUCCGGCUCCUCGAUUGGACUCCUCCUCCUCCUGAUUGGCUAUGCCGCAGCAGGUCCUGAGCCCCACCUUCUGCCUCGAGCGGUGCGUUCAAGCGCCUGUCAGGAGCACACGAAUCUUCACCACCGCCUGGAUGUAGUGGAGAAGCAAGUGGAGAACACAGUUGAAAAGUUGGAGGUUGAGCUGGCUGCUCUUCUGGAUGCCAUUGAGGCCCCAAAGUGGCGUCACCUGAUGGACAAUGUGGGAAAGACUGCUGUGGACAUCCUUGAAGAUCCAGUGGAGAGAAGCCAGUCCUGAGCCAAGCAGACAUCCAUAUAGGCUGGACUUUUAAUUUUCUUUUUAAAGAGAAACUGUCUAUGCAUUUAUUCUAUAUUUUUCCAUAUGAAGUUUGUAUUGUACAAAAAAGAAAAAGAAAAAAGAGGAAUUGUUUUGAACA